UGAAACAAAACUAACUUGCGCAGAAACCGACUCUUGAGGUGUACGGUACGCUCUUAACCGUCACCAUCCCCCACCAUUAUCCUACUCUGCUAUACCAUAUUUCAUCAAUCAAUCGAUACACCGCGAUAUGUCUAGAGUACCCAUUAAACAAUUCUUCAAUGAUUUCAGUAGAAGCUUGAGAUUAUUGAAGAAGGAGGAUUCAUUCAGGGAAUACGCUUACAAUGUUCUAAAGCGCUUUCAGUGGUCGAAGGCAGAUGAUGAUGAAUUGAAAGGGAAGAAAAGUUGCGAUAAGUUGGAAAAUAAGCCCACAAUUUAUGAUUCGGAGAUGAGGAGUUACAGUCCGGAGGAGAAUGAUUUGAGCAGCUAUAAUAAUAAAUGGAAGCCUGAAAUUGCUUGGCUUGGUAAAGCUCUUGAACAGGCUUUGCAGUUGUACAAGUGGGCUCUUCCAACAGGAGAUGGAACUGAAAACAAACCACCACCUACAGAUAGAUCUCUUGCCGAAAUUUUUUCUAGUAUACAAAGGAGUAAGCUUGGUGUUCAGGAUUGGAGUUUGAGUGAUCUUACUAUUGGCUUGUAUCUCGUGUAUCUUCAGCAAGCAUCCACAAGUGCUGUGGAGGAUGUGAAGGGUGAACUUAUCUGCUCAGAGUCUAUUGUUCAGGAUCUCAUAUACCAUAUUGAAUUAGCAAAGGGUGCUUAUAAAGAUAGCGCAACUGGUUUGGCAAGGAAUAGCAUGCUCCGAGAGAAAGAUGUUGUGAAGUUUAUAAAGCAUUCUAGUGUGUUGAGACCUGGGUAUUACAUAGGAAUUGACAAGCGGAAGAAACUUGUCAUUCUUGGUAUUCGUGGAACUCACACUGUCUAUGACCUAAUUACCGACAUUAUAUCUUCUGGCCAUGAAGAGAUCACAUUUGAAGGUUAUUCAACCCACUUUGGCACAGCUGAGUCUGCUCGUUGGUUUCUCAAUCAUGAGAUAGAUACCAUCAGGAAGUGCCUAGAGAAACACAAGGAUUUUAGAUUGAGGCUUGUCGGUCAUUCCCUUGGAGGUGCAACAGCUUCCCUGCUUGCAAUUAUGCUUCGUAAGAAGUCAUCGAGGGAGCUUGGGUUCAGCCCUGAUAUAAUUACAGCAGUUGGAUAUGCCACGCCUCCUUGUGUCUCCAAGGAACUUGCUGAAAGUUGUUCCGAUUUUGUGACCACGGUGGUGAUGCAGGACGAUAUAAUCCCAAGACUAAGCGUUGCUUCUUUAACAAGAUUGAGGAAUGAAAUUGUUGAAACUGAUUGGGUAAGUGUUCUUAGCAGAGAAGAUUGGAAAGGUGUCAUAGAUCUGGUUACCAAUGCAAAGCAAGUUGUAUCAUCUGUACAAGAUGUAGCACGAAAACUUGCAGACUAUGCCAAGUUCAGAGGACAGACAAAACAUUCUGAUAUGCCCAUGAAGAAGGAAGUUUCCACAGUUCCAAAUUUCAUUCAAACUCACAAUCCCCCCAGCCCCAGCCCCAUCUCUGAUCAAGAAAAACUCGAAAAACCUACUGAUAAAGUAGCUGAGGACUUGUUUGUACCAGGGAGACUCUAUUAUUUAAAGAGGAAUGUGGAUGCUGACAGCCACCACAAACACACUGAAUAUUUCACACUGCUGAGGAGACAGCCAAGUGAACAUUUCCAGAAGAUACUACUUUCGAGCAACAUAAUUUCGGACCACAAAUGUGAUAGCCAUUACUAUGCUCUUAGGGAUGUACUUAAAGGUUUGCCUAGUUCUGCUGACGACAGAAAUAUUAAUUAAUCAACUUAAUAUUUUUUGUCAUACCUUCUGAUGUUGUACAAUAUAUCAUCUUUUCAACUGAAACUUUUUGAUUCCUUUGUGAUAAUGUUGUUACGUUCAUAAGUAUGCUGUAUCUUGUUUUGGGGAUGAGGUGAUCUUCCAUAGUUGAUGAGCUGUACGGUAACUGGUAGCAGCAUGUUCACUGUUGAUGCUAAUCAUUGAUGUAGUUAUAUGGAUUAGCCACUAAUCCCUGCACAGAUGGAUGUUGAUAGGCGAUUAUUAGCUGUAAUUAGUCACACCUGCCCUAGGUUUU